AUGCGUGCGUCUUGGCGACCGCAGCUGCAUGGCUCAAAUUCGGUUCGUUUCCUCCCACUCUGGUGGGUUUUCGCAGAAGGCCUGUCGAGCUUAUCUCGACCAAUGAAGAGGCGGAAGAAAGUGCAGCUUGUAGCCUUGUGUGGCAUCCUGAUCUCAGCCUACGCGUUCUAUGUGGAGAACAAGAUGGACGACCCGUUUUACCAGCCAUCCUGCAGUAGUUCAUGGACGGGUGGCAACUGUGUUACAGUGUUCAAAAGUCCGUACGGCCACAUUCUCAGUCACUGGGGCCUCGUGGAGAAGGGCUCCGUGCUCGACUUGUCCCUAGCAGUUUCAGGACUUCAGAACGAAGCGCGCACUCUUGCAGUGAAGGUUGUGUCAUGGGAGAUUCCGAAGUGGUGCUUGGGUGAUCCCUGCUGA